GAAGCAGAGAAAAAAAGAUUUUUUUCGUUGAAUGCGUUUGGUUUUAAGUUAAUUACAUAAAAAAAAAAAAAAUUCGAACGUAAAACGUUCAAAAAUUAAUAAACCGUCAACAUAUUAAAAAAAUAAAACAAUUACAUUGUCAAGAUGUAUAUGAAUUUGAAAGAAAUAACAAUGGGUUGCUGAGUGAAAAUCGUAUAUAAAAAAAGGUUGCACGCACCAAUAUUAAUUGAUUUGUAACCAGCAGCUUUGUUCAUUGAAGUGAUUUUUUUUGUCGUCUUCUGAUAUGGAUUCACUAAAAUUAAUUGUGUGGGAAAUCGGGUAAAGAAUCGUACGGAAAAAAAUAUGAAAAUGUCUAAAACUGAUGAAAGUAAAGUGCUCAAAGCUAAUGCAAAUGUUGAGGAGAUAGAAGCAAAGAACAAGAACAUUGAUGAUAGUGGUGCAGGCACGGCUACUAAUAUCGUUAAUAAGAAUGAUAUUGUAAAAGUGACAGUAGAAGGAGUGGCUAAGCUUUCGUUUGCUUUCCUUGAAGAAAUGCAAGGCGGUGAUAGCAGUCUUGAACCAGGAGAGGUUAAAACGCCCACUCCCGGCUCAAGCCCAGUAAUGUGCCGAGAUGUUACACCCACGCGAGCAGAUAGAGAUCAACCUCCGUCCAAGCAGCUAGCUAAGGAGUCUUUGGCAAAAGCCCUGAAAACUGUCUCGCAAAUGGAGGCGGAGGCUUGCGAAGAAAAGGUUCGUGCAAUAUUGGAACUAGACGCAAAACGACGCAAAGAGGAAAUAGAAAAACGCAAGCAAGAAGCCGAUAGACGUCGUCAAUCCGGUGAAUUGGAUUCAGAUGAGGAGAGAAAGCGUAGAGCAAAGGAAGAACGCAAAAGAUUGAAAAAACUGAAAAAAGUACAAAGAGUAGCAGAAAAGGUUUUGUCAGGUGGUAAUGAGGAUGAAAUUGUUAACAAUGAAGACGAUGGUAAUCCUGAAAACAAAAAGCGUAAGAUUUCUACGUCUACGAAAGACGAUGAAAGUGAAGGGUUGUGUUCUUCUGGCGAUUCUUCAGUUGAGCAAACAGAAAAAAUGUCUUCGAUUCCGAGUUCGAUCACGAUAGCUCCGGCGCCUAUUGCUGUGCGCUAUCCACUUCAUCCCCCUCACUUGACGCACGUGUAUCCAGACGCCUUUCUGCCGUAUCGUUCCAUGAAUCUUUUUAUGCGUGGGCCUCGCCCCGAUUUUCCUCACAUAAGACCAGGAUUUUUGCCGCGCGGUCGGGGUGGCAUGCGUCUUCGGAUGCCCUUCCCAGGUUUUCGUCCUCCGUUUUUUGUAACAGGGCCUCACAGGCAUAUUCCGCCCCAGCCGGUGCAUCGGCCACCACAUACGCCACCACCAGCGAGGGGUCAUUCACCAAUUUUGCCACCUAAUACAGAUCUAAUGUGGACAAAAAGCAAACCUUCUAUUUCGUAUGCAUUUAAAGCAACUAACCGGGAGUACAAACUUCAGCACAACACUGCCGGUAAUGAACACAAACCAUUUUUUAACCAACACACGAGUUCACCAAAAACCCAUAAUUCCGAGGAAGAAGACGUUUUGCCAAAAAUUAUGUCCAAAAAAUUGUCGCAGUCAAAAGAACGUACAAAAUUGAAAAAAAUUCGUGAACGCGAUAAUAAAAAACACAGAAAGAAGUCUAUAGCGGUGAAGAAGAAAAAAGCGGAGAAGUCCAGUAAAAGAAAGAUAGAAAAGAUACGUAAGUCGUAUGGACAAAAAGAUAAAGCCACGAAAAGUGUGAAAGAAUCGAGUGUAAUGACUCAAGAGAAAUUAAUAGAAACGCCAACCAUACCGGAAGUGUGGACCGUACUAGAAAAUAUCAAAAUAGAAAAACUAGAAAAUACUGAAAUAAAAAUUGAAGAUAUCACACUUAAAGUGAAGCCUUUGCCCAUUAUUCAAGUGAAAAGCGAAAUUUUUGAAAACGAAGAUAAGGAGGAACAUAAAAAGGCAUCGAACGAAAUCCUUAGCAGAGAAAAAAGCGACGAAUAUGAUAUGUUUGCUGAUUCCCCUCCUGCAACUCAGACAAAAAAAACUUCUACGCCACACAAGGCAGAAGUAGUCUACAAAAUAUCUGACAGCAUCCCAACUUCAAACCUCUUAAGUGAAGCACAAAAAUCGUGCGCGGAACAACGCAGUAUUACACCACCAUUGCCACAGCUAAAUGAAAAAAUUGGUAGUAAAGUGUCUCUGGAAAGCACUCUAGAAAUCAAAAAGCGCAUUGACAAGCUCUUACAGAAGGAUGACUUGAGCAUGGGGGCGAUAGAAGCCUCCAAAGAGAUUUUGUUAAAGAAAGCACUGAAGCAUAAAAGUAUGAAAGAGAAUGCAACACAAGAUAAAGACAGCAAAUCAAAUCAAAGCAAACAAUUCAAGGAAAAAGAUGAUGCGCCCAAAAGUAAAGAAAAGGACACUCGCCAUCAUAAUAGGGAAAAGAUGCGUGAGAAGGAGAAAGAAAAAGAAAAGGUUGGAGAAACUAAUGAGAAAGAAAAGAGAAAUGAAGAGAAAGAAAAAUACGUACCUAGGAAAGAUAAAAUUGACUGCCAAAAAGAGAAGGAAAAGGAAAAAUCAAAAGAGUUGCAAAAAGUAACUAAUAUUUCCAGAGAUAAAUCCAGGGAUAAGGAGAAGGAAUUUGUUAAAGAAAGGGAUCGUCAGCGAGACGGGAAUCGUGAACGACCGGGUUCCAAAGUAGUACCACCUAACUAUCGCAAUCCUUUCAAACGUUCCAUCUCGAAAGAUCGUUUCUUAGGCCGCAUUCACAGUAAUCGUCGAACACGAACUAAGAGUCGAGAGCGGGAAGCUCGACCGAGAUACAAGCUUUCUGUCGAACGUAAGUCAAUUGAUCGUUUAUCUAAAAAUUCUAGUAGAAUGUCAAGAAGCGUUCAUCAACUCCCUAACCGGCGUUCAAGCUCUCAGCAUCGUUCCCGUUCGGGCGAAAAAAUUUUAAAAUCAUCUAGGGAUUCUUUGCAUAGUGGCCGUGAGUACAAGCGCAAGGAAAGAGAACAAAUAUCAUCACAAGAACGUAGUGCAAAGAGCAAACUUUCCAAAUCGACAUCUCCCCCCGUGGAAAAACGUAUAGAUUCAAAGACGAUAAAAGCCACCGAAUCUACACGAUAUGGCAGUGAAAGGACUAGUUCUUCUAAAACGAUCAGGGAAGAAACAGAUAAAAUAAAGUAUUCUAAACAAGAUUCUCUGACGAAGAAAAAAAAUGAAAGAAAUGCGGCGAAAAAGCCGCUUUCAUUUACGGCAGCUGAGUUUUUAUUUCCCGAAGACGGCGACGAUGAGGUGUUGGCAACCGAUGAUGAGAAUACCGUUGAUUCUUUCAGUCAAGCAGGCAAUUUAAAGUCGCCCAGCGACAAAGAACAGAGCCCUGAUACCGAUGAUUAUAUGGACAAUUGGGAAAAUGACGACGUAGACUUGGAUAACAAUUCAAACACUCCAGGCGGUGGUAGUUUAACCCCAAAACGUUCGUCACCAGAUCUAAUGUUAGAGGAAGACUCGUUUGUUGCCCGUUUUGCCAACCCCAGUCCGCCCUCAGAGUUGCUGCAUCAGGCAAGCCAAAACGUGACAGAAGGAACAAAGUCUGUAAUGAGGAUAAGAACAACACCCGUUAGCACACCUCCAAUAAUGGAAAAAAUCAGUAGUAUGAAUAAAACAAUAGUUAACCCAUACGCAAAGCAAUCAGGCGAGAUGACAAAAAAGAAAACUGAACUAUUUGGCAUGAAAGAAAUUUACGAUCAAUUUAUUAAAAGCGUUGAGGCAUCUGGAGUCGAUCUGAAACCGCAACCUAAGCCUAUUGAGUUUGUGUCCAGAUCGAGUAACGUUCAAAUUGAUGAUAUUUCGUUACAGUCAUCAUCACAUAAUGAGGAUCCGUUGUCAAGAUCUUCAACAUCGUCAACAUCAUCAUCAUCAUCAUCGUCUUCCUCAGAGAGUAACAGCUCUUCCAGUUCAUCGUCAUCAUCGUCAUCAUCUUCGUCGAGUGCCUCUUCUUCAGAAGACAGUAAUGAUGCGGAGACUUUUGAGAAGUCUUUAGAAAACUUACCAAAGAAAGCGAAACAUGAGGAUGGCGACUUUGCGCUCUGCAAUUCUGUAGAAUUAAAAUCGAAACCUUUAUCGUUAGAUAACGUUCCGAAGGAAAUUAUACCAUUAGCUGAACUUGAAAAACAUAUUAAGGAAGUGUCACCUAAAAUAGAUCCAAGUCCUCGCACACCAUCCCCACCUCAAAAAUCGUUAGUACCGCAGUUACCACUGGCGUCAACACCUGCACAAACAACAGUCGUGCAAUUUUCAAAUACCGCUCUUCCACCGUCUCAAGGCCCGUUAACAUCCCAACCAUCAGUUGCUACUAAUACACAAGCCAGAGCUCCUAGAUCUGACGCUACCAAAGAUUUUAAAAAGUUAAAAAAUUUGGAAGCUAAUCUAGCUCGCAUUCAAAUGAUGAAGGCCAAUUAUGAUUCUUCAGAUGAGAUUAGUGAAGAGCUGCAUAAAAUGGAAAUGUUGCUGUUAAAGGAGAAGAAACUCAUUUUGCAGAAAUAUGCGAAGUCACCGAUAAAGACUGACAAAAACACGGCAACUACAACGGCUCCUAACAAAUCUUUAACAGGUGGUUUGUUUGUGCCUUCUUUACAGCAAGCUGAGACACCGUCAACUAACGCAGAGAGUGUUGCCGUUCCCGUGCAAACGCCACAACCUCCCAUAGUCGCGGAGGAAACUAACAGAAUUUUUGACACUAAUCGGGAAGCCAUAAAAUUAACGAUCUCGUCUUUGAAGCUGUCGAAAACACCAACGAUUUUCAAAAGUUCAUUUGACGAUGAUGCGGAUAAAAACGCAAAGAUGGCCGCUGAUAAUGAAGAAGCCGAUUUUACGGAGAAGUUAAUUAAGCCGGUGAAAGAAAUAGCUAUUGUUAAACCCAUAAUGGAAUCGAAAGAAUAUCGUUCAAGAGAUUCACAUCGACAUCGACGCUCUCCGGGCUACACAAGCGGUCGUGAACGUCCUCGUUCACCAUCACCUCGGUAUCGAGAGCGUUCGCGGCGUUCAUCUUCGCGAUCACGUACAAGUCCUCAGCGGCGAGGGCGAGGACGCUCUUUAUCAGUUAGUCCACCAAGACGCAGCUCUCGUUAUAGCUCGCCCGUACGAAGAGUUGGGCAAUCGUCAAGAUUUCGUUCAUCUGCACGACGAACACGAAGUCGUUCUCGUAGUGCUAGUACUAAUCGGUCAUUGCUUAACAGACGUGGUAAAGACUUAAGUCCUUCGAGACGCCGCCGCGGACCAACGCAGGAUAGUCAUUAUAAAAAAUUUUCACGUUCCCGAAAUUCUCGUUCACGGUCACCACAAAGACCGCGAUCGCCACGAACUCCGCCAUCACGCAGACGUUCUUAUAGUUCAGACCGUUACUCCAGGUCUCCGUUACCUUUUAAACCACCUUCACCACCUAUGCGUCGCAGCAUUUCCCCUACCGAUUCACAAAAUUCUCGAAGAUCAAGAUCUCCGUUGUCUCCAAGGCGGCCAAGAACGCCAAGGUCACCUCCAUCUCCAGCCACCCGGUAUGAUGACCAUAGACGUAGACGAGAAGAAAGCUUUGAACGACAUUCAUUGUCUCCACAGCAGCAAUAUUACAUUUCGGAGACAGGUGGUUCAGCUGGAAUUCCUUCGACCGCUUCUCCAUAUUAUUAUAACGUAUCGCCAAAUCGCAUUUCUCUGGACGCACGCAUUAAUAUUGUCCUCAAUGGACCACCACCAUCGGUAAACGAAGCUCCCACUUCUUAUGAAAGCUAUGCGGGCUACGGACAAUAUGGUGGUGCGGCAUAUAUGUCUGUACCGCCGCAACCUAUGCCUAAUGACGGUGGUGCUUAUUAUACUAAUCCAUACGUCCCCAUGGGACCUAGCGGGGAACCGCUUAUAGCUCCGCACUUGCAUCAUCCCCAUUCUCAUAGUUCUUCUGGUCAUCACCCAUUAGGAUCAAAUUAUACUAACUUAACCGCAAUAAGCAAUGUAAUGACUACUGCGAGCCACACACAUUCAAGCAAUUAUUAUUAUAAUGAAUUUUGUACUCCACCGCAAAGUAAUACAACUACAUCGGUUCUCAAAGAGCUGCCAAAAGCAGCAGCUGUGGCGGUUCAAAAAGGGAAUGUAUUGGAAAUUGUUCCUUCCAAUGUGGAAACAAUUACAGACAUCCAUUCAGUAAAAUCAUCGACAUCAGAUUAUCCAAAGAAGACGAAGCUUAAGAGCGCCAUUUCAUGGAAAGAAGAGGUCAAUAGUCGUCACAUUAAAUCUGCCGUAAUGCGUCUAAAUUGCGAGAAUGAUAAUGCCAAGAGAAGCAUACUGAAACAGCGGGCAGCAGAUGUAGAAAUCAACAAAUCCGAAAAAUCUGAAAAGAAAAAAGUUUAUUUUGAGGAUGGCAUUUAUCCGAGUCGUGACAGCGGAGAUGAGGACCGCAAAAUAAUCGAAGAGAAGGUGAGACGUAAAGUUUUGCGUUUACGCAAGAAGCGUGGCAUUGAUAUCCCAGCAGCUCGGCAAAUUAUUGAAGAAAGUCUUUCGCAAAAACCAAGAUCCAAAAUAGAUCCGGUUUUAGAGAAACUACCUUGUCCACCACCACCACCUACUUUGGUUCCAUCAAAUUUUGAACAACCAAUCUAUUUAAAACCGCCUACGCCAGUACCUUUUUUGUAUUACCAUUUUGAUGCCGUUGUACAUUCAAUGUUUGUGUCGCCAUUGGAACGACCUAUACCACCACGCUUGCUAAAUCCCAAAUGUAUGCCACCUGGGCAGCAACAAUUAACAACACCAACACAAUCGGCUACGAUCGCUGGUAACGUGCGAUCACCCCUAAAUGUCAAUUCUUCGGGCGUUAAAAAAGAAGUUAACGUCACGAUGAGUCGUAAUCCGCGCGUUGGCGAUCAUCAAUCAGCUAGUUCUUCUUCGAAUAUUCAAAGUCCCAUACCGGUAACGAUGAGUAAGGGAGCUGGACUAAUGCCGUCAUAUCAAGGAUCAAUUUCACCGCAAAUGUCACCGCUUCAAACACCGCCAACGCCAGCGCGUCACAACAGUUUACCAAUGGGUUUUGUAGGUAUGCGCCUUAACAAUUUUUUGCGUUUGCCGCCCUCUCCAUUAACUAGACCGUCAGUUUCAUCAUCUUCAGUAAAAAGUAGUAAAGCGAAUAUACCGGUCGUGGGAGGCACUGUUGUCUCAACAGUCGGUAUAAGGCAUCAAACUUUUAAUAUGACUUCGUUAGCCCCGGGGGUGUUACCACCGCCAGCGCCAGCUAAUGAAUUUAACGCUCCUACAUACAAUUCUCAAAUACCUACAGUUGGGUAUCCUAUUCCGGCAAGACAUCCUUACUUUGCGUCGUCACAUGUAGCUGCGGUUACAAUGUACGGCGUAAUGCGCGGACAAUCACCUAUCCAACGUCCCAAUUCGCAAGCCGAUAAAGAUAAACAUGCCGGCAACACAAACGCUAGUCCUCAGGCCAUGAUAGCGCCCUACAAUGUAAAAAAGGCUGUAUAAAGUUCAAGUAAAUACGAGGCGGUCCUUAUUCAAUCUUUAUCAUAUUUUAUGGCGGUAAAGUAAAAGAGAAUUUAUCGUUUUUAAUAAAGCUACUAUUAUCAUUGGAAUGUAAUUUUUACUAUUACAAUGGUGAACAACACACACAUAUACUCAUAGACAUGCCGCGUGCGCGCAUUUGAACUUACGAGUCUAUGUUUUAACGGCAUUUAUUUGAAGUCUUUUUUAACACUAUCAUUUUCAUCAUUUUUUUCCUUUUAUAAUGUGCGAAUUCGAAUAUUCUGCGUAUUAUACAAUGAUAUGUUCAUUUAAUUUCAAUGUUUUUCUAAUUGUAUUAUAUUAUCAGAUCAUUUACACAGAAGAAGUAUUUAAUUCGUGCACUUUUUUCUCCAAGUCGAAAUAAUAAAUAUUGUUAAACAGUUCCACGUUGAGUACACUGUGAAGAAAGGAGAACCGAGUUUGGAUUUGGUUUUUGAUUAGUGUUCAUUAAAUU